GGCUGGCCUCUCUCUGGUCGCAGCUCCGUGUGGUGAUGGCGGCUCUGACGGGGAGCGCGGGCGCGGCGGGGCUGUUGCCCUCCCUCUCGGUGCCCGGCGUGACCGAGCUGAAGCCGCUGAGCCGCUACGAGGCCAUGCGGCUCGGGCCCGGCUGGAGCCACUCGUGCCACGCCAUGCUGUACGCGCCCAACCCGGGCAUGCUCUUCGGGCGCAUCCCGCUGCGCUACGCCGUGCUGAUGCAGAUGCGAUUUGACGGACUACUGGGCUUUCCUGGGGGGUUCGUGGAUCGCCGUUACUGGUCCCUGGAGGAUGGUCUGAAUCGGGUGCUGGGCUUGGGUUUGGGCUGUGUGCGCCUGACGGAAGCUGAUUAUCUGUGCUCGCACCUGACAGAGGGGCCACAUCGCGUGGUGGCGCACUUCUACGCCAGGCAGCUGACCCUGGAGGAGCUGCACACCAUCGAGAUCUGCGCGGUGCAUUCCCGGGACCACGGGCUGGAGGUGAUGGGAAUGGUCCGCGUCCCCUUGUACACCCAGAAGGACCGAAUGGGUGGGCUGCCGAACUUCCUGGGGAACUCCUUCAUCGGGACUGCUAAAUUCCAGCUGCUCUUUGCCCUGAAGGUCUUGAAUAUGGUGCCUGAGGAGAAGCUGGCAGAGGCGGUGGCUGCCACCCAGAAGCAAAAAAAACCGGCAGCUGAGCCCGCAGCUGUGACGGCCAAUGUGACGACGGCCAAUGUGACAACGACAACAGCAGCUGUGACGGCAGCUGUGACGGCCAAUGUGACGGCAGCUGUGACGGCCAAUCAGAUAGUGGCUAAGCCAGCAAAUGAGUUGGCAAAUCAGCCUUUAGCUGUGUCAAUGGCUGAGCCAGCAGCAGAGCCCACCGCUGAGCCAGUGGCUGAGGCUAUGGCAGAGUGAUGAAUUUUUCUUUUCCGACUUGGUUAAAAAUGGGCAAAGAGACUAGAGACUUACUUCUAACUUUCCAAACAGUCACUGGCUGCAAAUGCUGCCCAGGUGACUCCACCUCAGUGCUCCUCAGGUGUGAUGGGAUUAGAUUUGCCUGAAGCAAUGGAAAGCUAUAUUUUGUAAGGCCCAUAAACAGUACCGAGCUUUCCAGACCUCUCUUAACUGCCCCCCUCUGGAGUCCGUGUGCUUACCCAAGGACUCUCUUAGAAUGCUUUAAUUUACAGGGAUGCUCUGCUCCAUUCAUGUCCCAGCUUAGGUAUUGUUUUAAUGAACAGAAAUGUUACUUUUAAAAUUGUUCCAAGGAGGGUUUUUAGGCUCCUGCUGCAGUGUUGUGAACCCAGUCACAGCUGUGUUGGGGAAGGGAUGGGGGAAUAAGUGGACCCAACUGAAAAGAGGCAUGUCUGCCCACUCUAGCCCCAUGCCAGGUGCAGAAAUGAAACUGCCUCCUGUAGGAACAGUGCAGGACUGCUCCUAGUGUUCCCAGGUUUCAUGACUUUGCUAUCACAUGGAAGAGUUGAAGGUGGCAGCUUACCUGGCUAGUGGCAGUUCCCAGGUGGCUUAGUUGUAGGUGCCGCUGUGGGGUGCAGAAAGGCAGCGUGUGGCUUUGCAUAAGGAGAGUUGGGGGAGCAGGAAAAUGAAAUAAAUGGCUUUGCUGUA